CUCUGAUCAAUCACUGUUACACUCCGAUCCGAAAAAUCUUUGCAAACAACGUGCCUGUCUCUUUCUCCCAACUCUACGUCUCUCACCAUGCUGUUCCCGAUGCUUCUCCUUAUUCAAUAGCAACGCAGGCUCUAGCUUACUUUUUGUAAAGAGCCUGCGUUGUUUUGUAGAGACUAACUCUUUUUUUCAACGAACAUAGACAUAUAGAAGUCAUUCGCUAUCGAGACCAUUUUCUCUGGGAUACAUUGAACGAUAUAGAUCUCAUUGUGCACAUAGACUUGGUGCACCAAUACCCCUGCUAGACUGUCUAUCGAAGUUUCGUUUAUCGGCCCACAUCAUUAUAAUCGACAUCGUAUUCAACGCAUACCGUAUAUCCCAUCCGGACGAAUCAUGGCCAACUUCCGUGCUCCAACUUCCUUUCUUCCACCACUCUCUGUACUUUCCACCCACACCACCGCAUCUGUGCAAGAUGCUUUGCAAGACUUGAAGGAUCUUUACUUCCCCGCCGCACCGCUCUCUCCGAAGAGGACGUGGUCAAUAAAUGCUGUACCUGCGCUGAAGCAGGACAUAUCUGACACGGUACACGUGCCUCGCCCAAAGCGGACGGGACGCUUGAAACACAUCGAUGGCGUCCCGGACUCCGGUUAUGCCUCCGAAGAAGACGAGGCAGAACUGGAUGGAGAUCUAGAAAGCGAAGUUGAAGGCUUAGACGUCGACGUCCUGCGCUCAGACGAGCUUGAGCGAAAUUUUGCCAUCAAAUGGCUCACAGGCCUCAUAAAGCGAUCUGAUAUGUGGAUGCACGCACUCGACAGCGCCGCAGAACAAGAAGAGCACAUACGUCUAUCCGUUAUAGAGGAAGCAAGCAACCUUCUUGCACGGUUUUCCGGUGACGACGAGCAGCAAGAGGAUGAUACUCUCACGCGACAAUUCAGGUUUCCUUUUGGUACCGGAGGCAAGGUCAUCACGAUCGAGCUAAACGAUGCUCCACUCACGCCAACGGAUCACACUUCCGUUGGUCUACAAAGUUGGGCAAGCGCUAUCAUUUUCGCUGAACGUAUUUGUGCGGAUCCAACUCGAUACAUGAGCGCCCCACAAGGAGCUGCCCCCUUGCGCAUUCUUGAGCUAGGUGCAGGCACAGGCCUUCUCAGCAUCGCUGCCGCCCGACUUCUCGAUCGCAUGGGAGUCAAUGCCACAAUUGUUGCAACAGACUAUCACUCCGCGGUCCUCCAUAACUUACUGCAAAAUGUGCAGACCAAUAAUGUCUCCGUCCAAAUCGAGUCACUGGACUGGUCCAGACCGCCUCCUCUCGAGCCGUACGAUGUUAUCCUUGCUGCAGAUGUGGUGUAUCACCCCGAGCAUGCGAAGUGGAUCAAAGAUUGCGUGGAGAAAGCGCUACAGAAGGGAGGAGUGUUUUGGUUGAUUAUCGCGAUGCGUUCGACAGGGAGGCAUGAAGGCUUGUGGGAAACUGUGGAUGACGUAUUUCCAGACGGGGGAUGUGGAUUUUUGAGAAUUGAAGGAUGUGGUGGGGAGAUGAAGCUGGCGGUGGUGCAAAAGGAGGAUGUGGGGCGUCGCGAGGGAAUUGGUCGUGCGGAUGAAGUUGGGUACAUGUUGUUUGAGAUACGUUGGGUUCCUUGUCGCUAGUACUACUGCUGUUGAAGAUUAGAUUAAAGGGCGAAACAUGCUAUAUAGGCACAUACUACUAGACUAACCCCGUCUUCUCAAUCGCUCAAACCACAAAGUCUUGGCACAUGGUAUGCAGGAUGAACUCGAUUGCAUGUCUCGAGCUGCAAUGUACUCAUGACGACGAUAAUGUCCCUCUAGUUUGUCGAUCCGAUAGCUGUAAUUUACUCAUC